CAUCUCUUCUGCCACCUUCCUCGUCGCGUUCUGCGAAAUCAUCAACGAUGAGUACCCUCGACGUGCCAAUGGAAGAAGACGUCCUCAGCGACGUGGUACCCAGUAAUAUAGUCUCACGUCAGCAAAGUGAGGGCGGAGAGAGUGAGUAUGACGACGAGGCCCAAGAGGAGGUGCCGGAUGUGGAUGAAAUUCAGAGCGAAGAUGAGGACAGGGGCGAGGGAAGCAGCGCGCAGUCACCAUCCAAGUCAGCUCGCGCACAAGCGGCUGUCGAGCGAAAGCAGAAGCGGAGGGUUGAAGAGGACAAGUUGCACGUGAAACGACAAGCAAUGGACAAGGCUAAGAUCUCCGAUGCUGUCAAGCGAUACUCGUAUCUACUCGGGCAGACCGAGCUAUUCAAGCAUUUCGUAGACAUCAAGAAAGCACGCGACCCCGAGUAUGCUGCAAUGCUGGAUGCUCAACCUAAGCCGAAAGGCAGGGGUCGUAAGAAAGCGGUAGACAAUAAUGCUCGCCACCGGAAAUCAGAGAAGGAGGAGGAUGAGGAAUUGCUCAAGGGAGGCGAGAUGGCUGCGGACGGCGAUGACCAGCCCUUUGUAUUCGAGGAAUCCCCGAGUUAUGUCAAAGGAAAAAUGCGGCCAUACCAGCUGCAGGGACUCAACUGGAUGGUCUCUCUGCAUCACAAUGGCCUGAAUGGUAUCCUUGCAGACGAGAUGGGUUUGGGAAAGACGUUGCAGACCAUCUCUUUCCUGGGCUAUCUGAAGCACUAUCGCAAUACCGUUGGCCCACACUUGGUGGUCGUCCCGAAAUCAACGCUGCAGAAUUGGUCGCGCGAAUUCGAAAGAUGGACGCCUGAUGUCAAUACCGUGCUAUUGACGGGUUCCAAGGAAGAGCGGGCGGCGCUCAUUACAAACAGGCUUAUUCCGCAGGACUUCCAUGUGCUCAUCACGUCGUACGAAGUCUGUCUCAUUGAGAAGUCUGCGCUGAAGAAGUUCUCAUUCGAGUACAUCAUCAUCGACGAGGCGCACCGUAUCAAGAACGUGGACUCCAUCCUGUCGCAGAUAGAACUCUUCGCGUUGUUGAACUUCAUUUGCCCAGAAAUCUUUUCCGACUACGCCGAUCUCGAGAGCUUCCUGCAUAAGGACGACACGGAAGCAGAUGAAGACGAUGCGAAGAGCAAGAAGGUCGUGGAGGCGUUGCACAAGAUUCUGCGGCCCUUCCUACUGCGUCGCGUCAAGAGUGAUGUCGAGAAAAGCCUGCUGCCUAAAAAGGAAAUCAACAUCUAUGUCGGUCUCACGGAGAUGCAGCGGAAAUGGUAUCGUUCCGUCUUGGAGAAGGAUAUCGAUGCUGUGAAUGGUCUGACGGGCAAGAAGGAAGGCAAGACGCGGCUGAUGAACAUGGUCAUGCAACUGCGCAAAGUCACUUGUCAUCCUUACCUAUUCGACGGAGCAGAACCUGGUCCACCAUAUACAACCGACGAGCACCUUGUCGAGAACUGCGGGAAAAUGGUCAUUCUGGACAAGCUGCUGAAGUCCAUGAGGGCCAAGGGUUCGCGCGUCCUCAUCUUUAGUCAGAUGAGCCGGAUGCUCGAUAUUCUCGAGGACUAUUGUCUAUUUCGCGGAUACAAGUAUUGUCGUAUCGACGGUGGCACUGCUCAUGAGGAUCGUAUUGUCGCGAUUGACGAGUACAACAAACCUGACAGCGAGAAGUUCAUCUUCCUUCUGACCACCCGUGCUGGAGGUCUUGGUAUCAACCUGACGACUGCCGACGUCGUUGUACUCUACGAUAGCGACUGGAACCCUCAAGCUGAUCUCCAGGCCAUGGACCGCGCUCACCGUAUUGGCCAGACGAAGCAAGUCUACGUCUUCCGUUUCAUCACUGAAGGCAGUGUUGAGGAACGUAUGCUCGAGCGUGCAGCUCAGAAGCUGCGCUUGGAUCAGCUCGUCAUCCAGCAAGGUCGGACGCAGUCCACCAAAGCCGCCAACAAGGAAGAACUGCUGGAUAUGAUCGCACACGGCGCCGAGCAGAUAGUGAACUCUUCGGAUGAUCUCAUGAUUAACGACGACAUCGACGCCAUCAUCCAGCGUGGAGAAGCACGCACGACCGAGUUGAAUAGCAAGUACGAGGUUCUCACUUUCGACGAUCUGAGUAACUUCAAGUCGGAGGCUUCCGUACAACAGUGGGAGGGCGAAGACUUCCGGGCAGGACAGAGGAAGACGCUGCAGUUCAACCCUCUGUCGCUGUCGAAGCGUGAACGCAAGCUCAACUACUCGGUCGACGGCUACUUUAAGGAUGCCAUGCGUGCAGGUCCGUCGAAAACGGAGAAGGCACCAAAGAUCCCGCGUGCCCCGAAGCAGAUUCAACUUCAGGACUUCCAGUUCUUCCCCCCUCGGUUAGCUGAGCUUCAAGAGCAGGAGUUGGCGGCACACAAGAGAGCAAAUGAGAUCCCAGCCACUCUUCGUGAGCCCGCUGGUCCAGAGGAUACUCCUGAGAAGCUUGAAGCCGAGCGACAAGCAGCUCAGGAGUACAUUGAUAACGCGGAGCCUCUGACUGAGGAACAGCUCGCUGAGAAGGAAGAGUUAAUUGCGAAAGGCUUUGAGGACUGGAGCAGACGUGACUUCCAGCAGUUCAUUCGUGCGCUGGAGACAUACGGGUGGACCGAUAACUACGAACUACUGGCAUCCGAGAUCCAGGACAAGACUCCUGACGAUGUGGCUAGAUACUAUCCUAUCUUCAAGAAGAAGUGGAAAGAGCUCGCCGAGUAUCCACGCGUCAAAGCUCGCCUCGAGGAGGGUGAGGCCAAGCGGAACAAGCGAUCAAACUUGGAGGCUCUUCUUUCCAAGAAGAUUGCUUCUGUCCGAGCUCAACUACCCACCACGAAGGGCAAAGUCUACUCUGAGGAGGAAGACCGAUACCUGCUCUGUCGCCUCAAUCACUACGGCAUGCGUGCAGACGAUGUCUAUGAGAUGAUCAAGAAGGACAUCACCGAGUUCCCUGUCUUCCGGUUCGACUGGUUCUUUAAGAGCCGUAGUCCGCAAGAGCUGCAGCGGAGAUGUAACACUUUGCUGGGCAUGAUCGAGAAGGAGGCAGAGGUGAAACAGGCCGAGGAGGUCAAGACGAAGAGCCUCAAGAGCAAGAAGCGGGGCAUUGAGGACGUACAGAAGGCAGAGGGAGACACUAGGUCGUCGACGCCUGCUAGUACCGCUAAUGCUGCACCAGCGAAGCGUGCGUACAAGAAGCGGAAGACAUGAAGUUUCACUCUUUGCGACCGCGUCCUUGGAUUCCCUUUUUGUCUAGCCAUAACAUAGAAUACUGUACAUGACACUGUUAUUAUGAGUUGUAUGAGAUGCAUGCUCGGGGGCUGCGUUUGGUCGUGUGGGCGGUAUCCAUCUGUUCCGCGCCCGAUGUGGCGGUUCGCGUCAAAAGUAACUCGUC